AUGGAUUUGCAGCGCACGGUGGACGACACUGGGCGUGUCCACCUGGACCUGGACUCCUACAGUGAAGAUGAAAUAAAUUGGCUUCUCAGACGGUUUCUGCCUCCGGAGAAACAGGGCUCCCAAUGCUCAACCCUGCCCCAAGCCGAUGACGCUCCUCAAUACCAGUCGGAGCUCCCACCUCCGCCAUUGAAUGUGGUUAUCCAACUCAUUGGAUCUCGAGGCGACGUCCAGCCGUUUGUUGCAUUGGGCAUGCUGCUGAAACAACGAUAUGGCCACCGAGUCCGAAUAGCAACCCAUUCCAGAUUUCAGCGUUUUGUCACCGAGCACGGACUGUUGUUCUUCGACAUCGGAGGCGAUCCUGAACAGCUGAUGAGUUUCAUGGUCCAGAAUCCUGGAUUACUCCCUGGAUAUGCUUCUCUGCGCGAAGGGCAGGUCAAACUCCAUCGUGAAAUGAUGUUUUCCAUCUUCAAACGUGCUUGGAAGUCUUGUAUCGAGACUGGAGCCGACGGAACUCCCUUUGUCGCAGAUGUGAUUGUUGCAAAUCCUCCGAGUUUUGCCCACAUCCAUUGCGCAGAGAAGCUGGGGGUCCCGGUGCACUUGAUGUUCACGAUGCCUUACAGUCCGACGGGAGCGUUCCCUCACCCACUUACCAAUAUCCGAGGAAUUCCCUUUGGCAAAGACCUGUCCAACCGUCUUUCAUACUACAUGGUGGAAAGAUUAACGUGGUUGGGACUAGGGGAGGCCGUGAACCGCUUUCGCGAAAACGUCCUCCACUUGGAGCCAUUGAACUUAGCCAGGGCUCCAAACCUCGUGCAGAAACUGGGAAUCCCACAUACCUAUUGCUGGAGUCCUUCGCUCCUGUCAAAACCCAAGGACUGGGCUGCAGGUAUCUCAAUUGCGGGCUUCUAUCUGCUCCCGGAUGAGGACACCUCGUUCAACCCACCAUCGGACUUGUCUCUCUUUUUGAAGACGGGCGACCCUCCGGUGUAUAUUGGCUUUGGAUCCAUCGUCAUGGGUGAUUCUGGUAAACUAACAAGUCUCGUCUUGGAAGCUGUCAAACAGGCAGGCGUCCGAGCAAUCAUCUCAAAGGGCUGGCUAGGACUCGGAGAUGGUCAACCACUCCCCCAAGAUAUCUUUGCCGUCGAUGAUGUGCCCCAUACCUGGCUAUUCAGGCACGUGUCGGCCGUUAUCCACCAUGGAGGCGCCGGGACGACGGCUGCUGGCUUAUGCGCGGGAAAAGCGACCGUCAUUGUCCCAUUUUUCGGCGACCAAUACUUUUGGGGUAAAGUCGUACAUGCUGCUGGAGCAGGACCUCAACCCGUGGAACACGUCAAUCUGACGGCAGACAUACUGGCACGACAGAUCAGAGAGGUGAUGGAUCCGAGGAUACAAGCAAGAGCCAGGGAGAUCGGUGCGGCCAUCCAGCACGACAGAGGCUGUGAGAAUAGCGCACGAAGCCUUCAUCAGUCUUUCGAUUUGGAUGCGGCCAGAUGUCAUCUGAUCCGAGAUCGCAUUGCGGUCUGGGAGAUGAAGGGUUCCGGAGUGCGUCUCAGCUGUCUUGCCGCCGCAGUGCUCGUGGAUCGUGGCUAUAUACAAUACGGUCAGCUAAGAUUGCUGAGACACAAGGAGUAUCGGAUGGAGGACAGACCAGUUGAUCCUCUCUCGGGGGGAGCGUUGGCCUUCCUCGGAUCCUUUCAAGACAUAGUUGGUGAAAGCUACAACUUCUCCAAGCAUCUGGUCCGGGCGGCCAUCCCACGCAGCUCUCAAGCGGACCGAGACAGACCCAAAGAAAGCAGCCAAACUGAAGGGGGUUCAGGUUUUCCCACGGCCACGGCUGACCAGCGACCAGUAUUGAGGGACGGCUCUCCGGCACUUCCGGGUCAGCAGCCUGAAGAUCCUUCCGACCAUCGAGUAACGACGCAUCACGCUUCAGGCAUGUUAAAAAGUGCUGGCCGUUUCAGCAAGGCGGUCGCGUCAACCCCCUUGGAUUUCUGCCUGGGAAUCGCACGUGGCUUUCAGAGCAUCCCCAUAAUGUACGGUGACAAGACCGUACGCCACAGGGAGAAGGUAUCAGGAGUCAUGAGCGGCGCCCAAGUCGGAGUCAAGGAACUUGCCUAUGGCUUCUACGACGGCAUCACAGGCAUCGCCACCCAGCCAAUCCGUGGCUACAAAGAGCACAAUGUACCAGUGGUGGGCCUGGUGAGCGGCAUUGGCAAAGGCCUGGGAGGACUGGUUUUGAAGCCCGGCGCAGGCAUCUUCGGUCUUCCUGCAUACGCCUUCCAAGGCAUCUCUCAGGAGAUGCACCGAGUCUUCGGGCGCAAUGAUGAAGCCCACAUAGCCCUCAGCAGAUGUUUGCAGGGCCGGUACAAGAUGCAAGGAAGCCACCGCAAAUCACGGUCGCGGUCGCGGUCUCCCCAUCGACAUGAAGGCAAGAGAUCCCGCCAUCGGUCUCGAUCACCUCGCCACGCUUCCUCCUCCACCAGAGCCUUGCCUUAUGGAGCCCGCGAGAUCUCACGGCACGACCUGCAGAUGUAUCGACCCAUGUUUGCCUUAUACCUCGACAUACAGAAACAAUUAGAUAUCGAGGAUCUCGACGAGAAGGAAGUCAGGGGAAGAUGGAAGAGCUUUGUGGGAAAAUGGAAUCGUGGAGAGCUAGCUGAGGGUUGGUAUGACCCUAAAACGCUCGAGAAAGCCAGGGCUACGUCCUCCAAGAGCGAACCGAACAGGGCUGGUGCAGGAUCAGACGACGAAGACGAAUACGGUCCUCCUCCGCCCGCCUCAAGUAGCACUGUGAGAGAUGACAGGGGUUUCCAGGCUCGGGGUUAUGGAGCCUCUAUCCCUUCUCUUCAAGAUCUCCGAGCGCGUGACGAGCAAGUGCAAGAGGACGCGAAUGCGGCCAAAGACAAGCACCGAGAGACUUUCCGUCAGGAACGAAUGCUGGAGCGCAAAUUGCAGAAGGAACGGCUUGACGAGAUCGCACCUCGUGCCGAACCCGGCACUCGCGAGCGCCAACUGGAGAAGAAGAGAGAAAUGGCCGAGUCCAACCGCGCCUUUGCUACGUCCAAGGAAGAGGGAGAUGUCGAUCUUCGAGAGGCCGAAGUCAUGGGCGACGAGGAUAGCCUGGGCGAGCUGAAGAAGAUGCAGAAGGAGAACGAGCGGCGAAAAAAUGACAGGGAGAUCCGCAAGGAGGAGAUUCUGCGGGCAAGACGUGAAGAAAGAGAAGCGCGGUUGGCGAAAGUCAAGGAGAAAGAGGACCGCACGAUGGCCAUGUUUAAGGAGAUUGCAAAGGCAAGAUUUGGCGGAGGAGGGGCGGAAGGGGGGCACUCUUGA